CACUGCAUCUCCACCGGUGAAAGAAGCAAGAGAAAAGAAGCCAUGGCUGCCUACUCAACCUCGCUCCUCCACCCUGCCGCUCCUGGGACCGGCCCCGUGGCCUUCUUCCCCGCUGAGCUCUGUUCCGCGGCUCCAUUCGUCCUGCCGCUGUGCUGUCCCUUCCUGCCGCAGUACCUGUACCCUCCUCCCCCGCUGCCACCUUCGUGCGGGCUGGUUGUCGGCUGCGACGGCUGGCUCGCUCCGAUGGGCAGUGCCUACACUGUGGGAGUGCCCGCGCUACCGUUCUUGCCUUGGCUGCACAUGCCUCCUCCGCCGCCUUUUCCGAUGGCGCUGUACUACAACCCAGCCCUCAAGCCGCCGCUGCCGGCGACACGCUGCAGCAUCACGGAGAUCGUAGAAGACGGCGACGUCGAGCCCCCGACGGCAGAGGUGGAAGACGGCCCCUCCCCUCGCUCGGUCCUCGCGGUCUGGAGGAGGAGCGCGGCGCUUCCGCCUCCGUCUUCCGGCGUCGCAGGCAGCAAACCAGCCUUCGACGGAAGAAGCAAGAAGACAUCCGUCAUGAUCUGCAACAUCCCCAAUAGCUUCUUGAAACGGAGGUUGAUGGCCAUCUUGGACCAGCAUUGCGCGGAGGAGAACAAGCUUCGAUGUCGCCCCCGAGGCGGCGGCGGCGCCGUCGCGAAGUCGGAGUACGACUUCCUAUACCUUCCAAUCGAUUUUAGGACAAAAUGCAACAAAGGCUACGCGUUCGUCAACAUGACGACGCCGGCAGCCACACGGCGGCUCUACGCGUUCCUCCACGGCCACCGCUGGGCGGGCUCCGCCAAGGUCUGCGAGGUCGUGCACGCCCACAUCCAGGGAGUGGACGCGCUGGCGGCGCACUUCUCCCGCUCGCUAUUCCCAUGUGGCAACAACAAGGAGUUCCUGCCGGUGCGCUUCGGGCCUCCCAGGGACGGCCUCCGGCAGACGGCGGAGCGCACCAUCGGCUGUGCGGUGGUCCGUCGUCGCCUCCGCUGACCUUGUUCGCUCGCUGCAAACCUGCCGUGUUAGACCUCUAUCUUGCAUUCUAUCAAUUCCAUGCCAUGCCAAUGCCAAUGCCAUCGAUUGAUAGAACGGGAGAUAGAGGUUGCCUCAGUUAUGAAUUUCCAUUCUCUCUCUCAAAAAAAAAGAGAUACGAAUUUCCAUGACUAUUUGGUUGUGUCUCCAUGUUUAAGCAUGAAUCUUCAGAAGCAAGUACUAGUACUAAUAGUCCAGGCAGGCGUACUACGAGUAGUCCAGUUGGUAGCACUAUGCGUCUAGCCAGUGAGGUUUAGCUCGUGGGCUAUCUGAAUGUUUAAUGUCUUGGGAUCUCCUGUGUUAUGUGCAGUAAAAUUAAAUGUACUGAAGCCUAGU